GUUCUUGUCUCGUUGCCUAGACCAUGAUAAGAUGUUUAAAAUGAGUGAGAAGAUCUUGCUGUUGUGUGUGGGGGAAGCUGGAGACACUGUGCAGUUUGCAGAGUACAUCCAGAAAAAUGUUCAGCUCUAUAAAAUGAGAAAUGGGUAUGAGUUGUCUCCUACUGCAGCAGCAAACUUUACACGCAGAAACUUGGCCGACUACCUACGCAGUCGGACCCCUUACCAUGUCAAUCUUCUUUUGGCCGGCUAUGAUGAACACGAAGGCCCUGCCCUUUAUUAUAUGGAUUACCUUGCAGCCCUGGCUAAAGCUCCCUUUGCAGCACAUGGAUAUGGUGCAUUCCUAACCCUGAGCAUUCUUGACCGCUAUUACAAGCCAAGUAUCACACGCGAGGAGGCAAUGGAGCUCCUAAAGAAAUGUCUAGAGGAGCUUCAGAAACGCUUCAUCCUGAACCUGCCUUCUUUCAGCGUCCGGUUCAUUGACAAAGACGGCAUCCACGAAGUGGACAACAUACCCUUUCCGAAAGUGUCAUCCUAACCCCUGGGAUCUUUCCUGAGCAGUCUUUCAGUUCAUUUUUGUUUUUUUCUACUCGGUUGAUGUACACAAUUAAUGUACUGCACUUGAGACUUCAAAUAAAGAUUGACAUUGGCUAUAUCAA